AUUUAAAAAAAUAUUUGACGUUCGAUUUGUCAAAUUCCUAUUGGCCGGUGGAGUGUUUUGCGGCGUGUAAAUCUUUAGCAAAAUCCAAGAAAUAUCUAUCCAAAAUGAGUUUGGAAAUCGAGUCCAUGGUUCGCUACGCGUCGCCGAUCAACCCAGCGGUGUUCCCACACCUGACGUUGCUGCUCCUCGGUAUCGGUAUCUUCUUCACGGCAUGGUUCUUCGUGUACGAGGUGACCAGCACGAAGCUGUCCCGAGACCUUUUCAAAGAGCUCCUUCUUUCUUUGGUAGCCUCCUUGUUCUCGGGCUUCGGCAUACUAUUCCUGUUGUUAUGGGUCGGUAUCUACGUCUGAUACUGAUUAAGCUAGCCUGUAAGUUAUUUUAUAUCUAUCUAAUGCAUUCCCUUGGAAUAUGUAUGAGUGCAAUGCAGCAGUAAGGAGAUAAUUUUGUAAUAUAAGAAAUAUACACAAAUUUUAAAUUUUAA